UCGGCUCGGCUGCGCUGGCCCCGGAGCGGCCCCCCCGGUGCCAGAGGCAGAGGGAAAGUGCAUGUGCUACGGCAUCCUGCAGACGCCCCUUUCCUCCGUGCCCCCUCCCCCUCGGUGAGUGUGUGCCUCUCUCCAGUCUUAGCCUGACGCAGGCAGAUCGAAAUCACCUUUCACGCCCCAGCCUUCAGCGGAGUGGCGCCGCUGGGUUUCCCUUUCGGAUUAUGCCUCUAAUCCUCCUCCCAUAACCGAGCGCGGAGCGCGGCCAAGUCACCCCGGCGCGGCGCGGCGCGGCGCGGCUCUGCUCGGCGCGGCGCGGCGUGGCGCGGCUCGGCGCAGGCUGCCGGCUGGGGGCUGGGGGCGUGCUUCAGGGGCGAGCGGCAUUUGCCGGCGGCAGGUCGAUCCGGAGCGAUCGGCAAAGUUGGCCGAAGUGGGAGGCAGCGGCCACUUGGGGGAAAGUUGCCGGGAGCGCAGCGGACGAGCCAGGCUCCGAGGCAGGAGCCGGCGGGCCGAGGAGGAGCAUGGGCACUUUGCGGGAUUUACAGUACGCGCUGCAGGAGAAGAUCGAGGAGCUGAGGCAGCGGGAUGCUCUCAUCGACGAGCUGGAGCUGGAGUUGGAUCAGAAGGACGAGCUGAUCCAGAAGCUGCAGAACGAGCUGGACAAGUACCGCUCCGUGAUCCGGCCCGCCACGCAGCAGGCGCAGCAGCAGGGCUCCGGCACCUUGCAGGGCGAGCAGCGGACCAAGCGGCAGGCGAUCUCCGCCGAGCCCACCGCCUUUGACAUCCAGGACCUCAGCCAUGUCACCCUUCCCUUCUACCCCAAGAGCCCACAGUCCAAGGAACUAAUAAAGGAAGCAAUCCUUGACAAUGACUUCAUGAAGAAUCUAGAAAUAUCUCAGAUCCAGGAGAUUGUGGAUUGUAUGUAUCCAGUGGAAUAUGGCAAAGACAGUUGCAUCAUCAAAGAAGGAGAUGUGGGUUCACUGGUGUAUGUCAUGGAAGAUGGGAAGGUUGAAGUGACAAAAGAAGGUGUAAAGCUGUGCACCAUGGGACCUGGCAAGGUAUUUGGGGAGCUAGCCAUCCUUUACAAUUGCACCCGAACGGCAACUGUCAAAACUCUCGUAAAUGUGAAACUUUGGGCUAUUGAUCGGCAAUGUUUUCAAACAAUUAUGAUGAGGACAGGCCUCAUCAAACAUACUGAGUAUAUGGAAUUUUUAAAAAGUGUUCCAACAUUCCAGAGCCUUCCUGAAGAAAUACUCAGUAAGCUUGCUGAUGUCCUUGAAGAGACGCACUAUGAAAGUGGAGAGUAUAUUAUUAGACAAGGUGCUCGAGGGGACACUUUCUUCAUAAUCAGCAAAGGAAAGGUAAAUGUGACUCGUGAAGAGUCACCAAGUGAAGAUCCAAUCUUUCUCCGCACUUUGGGGAAAGGAGACUGGUUUGGAGAGAAAGCACUUCAAGGGGAAGAUGUCAGAACAGCCAAUGUCAUUGCUGCUGAAGCAGUAACUUGUCUUGUCAUCGACAGAGACUCUUUCAAGCAUUUGAUUGGAGGUCUGGAUGAUGUUUCCAAUAAGGCUUAUGAAGAUGCAGAAGCAAAAGCAAAAUAUGAAGCCGAAGCUGCCUUCUUCGCCAACCUGAAACUGUCUGAUUUCAACAUCAUUGACACACUUGGAGUUGGAGGUUUUGGAAGAGUUGAACUGGUCCAGCUGAAAAGUGAUGAAUCCAAAACAUUUGCAAUGAAGAUACUGAAGAAGCGUCACAUAGUGGACACCAGACAGCAGGAGCACAUACGGUCAGAAAAGCAGAUAAUGCAGAGUGCUCAUUCAGACUUCAUUGUGAGGCUAUAUAGGACAUUCAAGGACAGCAAAUAUUUAUACAUGUUGAUGGAAGCCUGUCUAGGUGGAGAGCUCUGGACAAUUCUCAGGGACAGAGGUUCAUUUGAAGAUUCUACGACCAGAUUUUAUACAGCAUGUGUGGUAGAAGCUUUUGCCUAUCUGCAUUCCAAAGGAAUUAUUUAUAGGGACCUCAAGCCAGAAAACCUCAUUCUAGAUCACAGAGGUUAUGCCAAACUGGUUGAUUUUGGCUUUGCAAAGAAAAUAGGAUUUGGAAAGAAAACAUGGACUUUUUGUGGAACUCCAGAAUAUGUAGCCCCAGAGAUCAUUCUGAACAAAGGUCACGACAUUUCAGCAGACUACUGGUCAUUGGGAAUCUUAAUGUAUGAACUCUUGACUGGCAGUCCACCUUUCUCAGGCCCAGACCCCAUGAAGACCUACAAUAUCAUACUAAGGGGGAUUGACAUGAUUGAAUUUCCAAAGAAGAUUGCCAAAAAUGCUGCUAAUUUAAUUAAAAAACUAUGCAGGGACAAUCCAUCAGAAAGAUUAGGAAACUUGAAAAAUGGUGUAAAAGAUAUCCAAAAGCACAAAUGGUUCGAGGGCUUUAACUGGGAAGGGUUAAGAAAAGGAACACUGACACCUCCUAUAAUACCAAGUGUUGCAUCUCCAACAGACACAAGCAAUUUUGACAGUUUCCCUGAGGACAAUGAUGAACCACCACCUGAUGACAACUCAGGAUGGGACAUAGAUUUUUAAUGUAUUUCUCUUACCUGCUUCUGCCUUGCUGAAGACAGCUUCCUGAGACAUAGCUGCCAGCAAAACUGAAGGAAUUGGGGAGGAUCAGUGCUCGGGGUCACCAUGAUGCCUUGAUUGAUGCUGCUACAGUAACUACAGUGGCAUUAGGACUUAUUGCUUAGAUGACAAUAGUGCUCUUCACACAUUUUAUGUUUGAACUUAAAAUAGAAGUUGACAUGGUGGUCCUGAAGCAAAGCCUUUUCACUAGUACAGAAAUAUGUUUUAUAUCACUGCAAUGAUCUUGCUAUGCUCUAAUUAUAAUUUGAAAGAUAACUAGUGUAAGGUACACUUAAUUCUAGCUGCAAGGUACUGGCUUUAUCAGUAGGAUCAAAUGAUAAUGUAUGAGGUACUAUAGAUAUCUAUGGUACAGUAUCUGGGGUAUUCCCACACUUCAAAGUGAAUAUAUAGGGUCUUUUACUACAGGCCAGUGUAUAUACAAAGGAGGACCACAAACCUACUGGUCAAAUGGUUCAUGUCAAAACAGUGCUAAAAGUUGUCCUUUUUUCAAGCAGUAUUCAUGACAAGACUGAAUGUUUUACCUUUCCUUUUUCUUUUGGACAGAUUUUUUAAACUGAUCUAACAAAAGCACAACUGCUAUAGGUUCUGUCAAGGCUGGUCUGGGUCGGUUCUCAUGUGUGACUGAGAACAUGAUGUAACUAAUGUUAUUUUUUUCUUUUGGUAAAAAUGCAUAAUUGCAUGAAAAAAAAUCAUAAAAUUAUUAAUUUUACAUGUAAGAAGUAAAAUGUGCUUAAAUAAUGGUCCUAGGAAUAAAAUGAUGGCAGCCAACUGGUCUUAUUAAUUAUGUACAAGACAGUAAAAAUUAACUUAAAAUAACUUACUUUGUUGGAACCCAAAGGGAAAAAUACAAGUCCUGUAAUAUACUUUAUAGGUGCUAUGUACAUCUUUCAUCUGUGAAUAUAAAUGUUCAACCAUCAAUAACCAUUUCAGAAAUAUGUAGCAAGAGACAUCGCUUUCAGUGAUGAUCUUAGAACAGAGAACCCUUUAAAUCUCCACUUCGGCAUCUCCUCCAUAUUUAUUCUGCAGUAUUUGAGAAUCAUAAUAUUCUUAUUUUUUCUUUAAGAAAUGAUGAUACCAGGUCCAGCUUGCAGGUAACUUAUCUGUAUUCUUAUUACUACAUCUCAAAAAUGUAACUAAAUUAGUGGUCUCCAUCUUGACAGCAUUAUCACAGUGAGUCUAAUAGGCUUGGAUACAGCAUGAAAUUCUAAUGUCAUUCUAGUGUAAAUUGGGAGAAACUCCAUGGAUAUCAGUGGAGUUACUAAGUGAAAACUAAAUAUGAGACCAAUAUAGAUCCACUGCGUGAGACUUACUGGUAUGUGAACUUGCAAUCUGCAGAUGCCUCCAUCAUUAUACUGAGACAUUAAAAUGGCAAGAGUUAGAUCACUUCAAACUAUUAUAAUAAAGAGAUGGGAAACAGAUAUUUUGGCCUAAAUUCUUCUCUCACUUCCACUGUGUUUAUAACAAUAUAAUUCCAUUGACUUCAGUAGAGUCACUCAUGAUUAAAUUGGUGUAAGUGAGAUGAGAAUCAGAUCCUAUUUGCCUGCUAAUCAUGUGUGUUAAACCAAAUGCCAAUGUAUUCCUUCAUACCUAUAAGAAGCAAUUGUGUUACAAUACUUGUAAUAUAUUUUAGCAGGAUCUCAUUAUGUUUGUGCCUCAUAUUUCUUUACACUAUGUUAUGAAUCAUGAUGUCAAAAGUUGUGACUCAAUUUAUAAUUUGACAUCAUGUUACUACAGUAGAAACCAUUAAAAGCUAAAUCUUUGCCAAACUGUCACAUAGGUAAAAUGGAUAUUUAUUGCUUUAAAUACAAAGGAAGGUAGUGAUAUUGCCAAAAGGCACUGUAGUAACUCUUGGCAAAUGUUAUUUUUUAAAUGGUGGUCACUGUAUGUGUCUGAAUGCAUAGAGAAUUUAAAUACAGGCAUGAUUUUUGGAAACAUAGGAAUUGAGGGUCAGAACUUGCUCCACUGAAAUCAAUGGAAGAUUUGUCAUUGAUUUCAAAAGGAAUGGGCCUGUAAUGAAGAUAAGUUUUAGGCUUUUUUUUAAGUAAUUCAGAUUUUUGUCUUUACCUGUAAAUGCAGGAGAAGCAAAUAAGUCAUUCCACUAAUCAUAAAUCCCCUAUUACUACUACAUUGUUCCAGAUUUUCAUAUUCAUAAUGACUUAUAUAAGUUUAAUAGAGCAUUUAAAGAUAUUGUCAAAUAAGCAGAAUAAAUAUAUCAACAACAUGUCAACAGUUUGCCAGCAAACUAGAGCGCCUCACUUACUGUAUGUCCCUUUAACUUCAGUCUGUUUCACUGAUUUUUCUUUUUACAGUUAUAGAGAAGGAUGAGGCAACAUCAUCAGCACAAUGUAACUUCAGGUUAUUUCUGCUAUUCAUUAAUCAUGUGUGGCAUUGCAUUGAUAUUUGUACACCUUGAAGCAAUCAUAGAAAAAUAAUUACUACAUAUACCAGGAACUACUUGUAUACAAGUAUAACAUAUACUUAAUUUUAAACAUUUAACUUAAGGAUUUAAAUACUGUCUGACACCAGACAUUAGAUACUAGGGCUAAAACAAUCACAUAGUCAUCUUAGUAAAGAAAAAAAAAGUUAAUUUCUGCAUUAGAGCUGACUUUUUUUUCAUUACUACCUAUUUUCUGACAUUGAAUGAAGUGACUAUGUUGGACUAUGAAACUUGUUUAAUUUGUUAACUGACUUUCUUGUUAUACGCAAGCAGGUGAACAGGAAGUUGCUCUCUGUCUCUAUUAUAACUAUUUGUUUUGAUUAGUACUUGAGAUUCAAGCAUCAGUUCUGAAAAACUGAAGAAUUCCCAAGAAAAAAAGAGUUUCACAAUAUUUUUUGGGUGAACUGAAAACAUUACAUGGAAGAGUGUUACAAAAUUAGCUUGUUGGUUUUUUUGUUUUUUCUUAUUCGUUUUGUCCUUGUGCCACGAACAAUAAUACCUGAAUCAUGUGGCAUGCACUGUAUUAAUACAAUUUUUUUUUUAUGAUAGGAAACACCUUAAAUGCUCGUUAUCUUUACCAAGUGUAUUUUAAAUAAUUUAAGUUGCAUAAGUAUAUUAAUAAACCAUUCAUUUAUAAAUAAUAUAUUUGAUUUACAUAUAUAUUUACCUAUUUUGAUUGCAUCUGUUUCCAUUUACUGUUUCUUAUUCUUUGUCUACUAUUUAAUAUAUUGGAAGAUGGUGUAUUUACAUAAGAAGAAAUCAGCUACCAUAUUUAAAACAAGUGUGUUAGGAUUGGUUUCAUAAGAUACAGGUGAUCUGUAGCUUAUUACAGUGCUACAUUAUCCAUAGUAAACUCUUAUUUAACAAUAGGACCACAGCAAAUAUUUAUGUAAAUAGAUAUUUUCGUGUUGAUAUUUUGUGGUACACAUAUAACUUUUUAUUUAGAGUUCCAUGGCAUUAUUUACUUCAUUUUCUUAUUUGUAAUGUAAUGUUUUUAGAUCAAGUAGACUUGAAUUUAUGUCAUAAUUGUCAGUAUUAUUGGAUUUUUAUGCAACUGUACUGUUAUUCAUCUGUCCCAUAGUUUAGAACAUGACCUAACUUUUUGGCAUUGUUGCAAGUGCCUUAAAUCCAUGGCAUCCUAUAAAAAUACAAAUUUGGUGUUAUGCUGCAUGACAAAGACAAACACACCUCAAAAUGUUGUCCUUUCUUAGCUUGCUGCGUUUUACAGUUCUUUCUGCUAACAAUUUAUAAGCCUUUAUUAUAUAAUAUUGAUGAAUUACAGAAAUGAUGAAGUUGUUCUCUUAUUUCUGUUAAAUGUACCAGAGCUGUGUAUCUGUUAAUGAGAUACAGCGUCAUUUCUGUGAAAUGUAUAAAUGUAUGUGCAGGUCAAAUUAAUAUAUGACAUACUAUCAGUCUGUAUACAGGUAUUCCUGUUUUGCUAAGCUGUGCAGAUUUAAAGUAUAGUGCAGUAAAGUUCUAACAUAUCAUAUUUUAUAAACUCAUUACAAGUAUUCCACACAGAGAAAUGAUUGGCGAUUAACUGUAAUUUACACCAAACAAAACUGCAUCUUACCAUGAAACCAAUGACUAUGAAAAGGAGUAUCUUGUUGCACCACUCAACAAAACAGGAUCAGUGCUUUCUAUAAGUCCUUGUAUAUGCAAAUUGUUUCUGAGGCAAGCUCUUUUAACACACCUGGAAACCUAAACAUUGAAAGUGUGUUAUUAGUUCUCUUCUGUAACUGUCCACUACAAACAGAUAUAGUACUGAGACUCUGACAAUUUCUCAAAUGUUUCAGGCUUUCCUAGCAAAGGGAAAUUUCAUUCAGAGUUGCCUACCAUACUGAUUCCAAUGUAUGCUGUUUUUACACUGGUCAUUUCUUUUGUAUCUGUAUGGUUAUAUUUCUGUAGUUUUCUUUUUACAAUGGAUUCUACAUGAAAGAGGGUUUUUUGUUUGUCAAAAUAUGUCCAUCAUCAAAUGGUCGUUGACCAGUUGCACUCUUUUGAUGUAGAUUUAAGAAUUUUUUUUCAUAACUGCUUUUGUUUUGCUCUGUAUUUUCCCUGCAGCUGUAAUUGCCGAGUGCCUGUUGUAUACUUUAUAGAGUUGAAAUAAAAAUAAUUACUUUUGAA